UCCAAGAUUCUCCCUAUUCCCUCCUCUCUUUUUUUUUUCUUUAUUUGGGUGCUUCUCUCCAUCAAAGUUGGAGCUUGAAUAUAAUAAAAAUGGUAACUUUGACAUUUGCUCCUGUUUUCCACCCAAGACUGUCGGUGUUCGAACACAAUGGAUCCCUUUUCGUUUCCAGAAGAAAAUACAAGAAGAAGGACCAAGCUUUUGUCCCUGUAGCAAGGUUGUUUGGGCCAGCUAUAUUCGAGGCAUCGAAGCUAAAGGUAUUGUUCUUGGGAGUCGAUGAAAAGAAGCAUCCGGGGAAGCUACCCAGAGCUUACACCCUUACCCAUAGUGAUUUAACCUCUAAACUCACUUUAGCCAUCUCCCAAACCAUUAACAAUUCUCAGUUGCGGGGAUGGGCAAACAAAAUAUACAGAGACGAAGUGGUGGCGGAAUGGAAAAAAGUGAAGGGAAAGAUGUCUUUGCAUGUUCACUGUCACAUAAGCGGCGGCCAUUUCCUGUUGGAUUUGUGUGCUAGACUUAGAUACUUCAUCUUCACCAAAGAACUCCCCGUGGUGCUGAAGGCGUUUGUCCAUGGCGAUGGGAAUUUGCUGAAAAACUACCCAGAAUUACAGGAGUCAUUGGUUUGGGUUUAUUUUCACUCCAACGUUCCAGAAUUCAACAGGGUGGAGUGCUGGGGUCCGUUCGUGGAAGCUGCAGCGCCUUCUAGCGGCGGUGACGACGGUUGUGAUGGGUGGGGACAAUGGAAAAGACAAGAAAUCUUUGAAAGUAGGCGGGAAUUACCCCAGCCAUGCCAAGAGAACUGUACUUGUUGUUUCCCACCAAUUAGCUUGAUCACGUGGUCACCAACGCACACCGAUGAAAAUGAACAUGGGACCCAAGCUGCUUCGAAUCUCAAAACCAUCAAAUGAAUUGUGUUGUUGUUUGUUGUUGAUAAGUACUGUUUUCUUUGUGAUGAAAGAGAAGAUGUAAAUACAAAAACGUUAAAAACAUGUACUCCCACACGCAUCUGAUUCCCUGGGUCUGA